AUGCCCACAUUUCUCCAAUUUUUCAUCAUUUUCGGCGUCGCCGCCGCCGCCGCCGGCUCGAAAAAUGUCUAUUCGAUCGAUGAUAAUCUAGUUUUCAAGAAUCCAAGCCAUGAUGGACAUGAGGUUUUUGAAAAAAUGGCAAUCGAUCCAUCGACCACACGGGUAUUUGUUGGUGCUGUCAAUAGUCUUUAUGACCUGACAAGUGCCGAUUUAACUGUAAGAAGACAUGUACAAACUGGACCUCAAGAUGAUUCGCCAUUGUGUCGUGACGCUCGAAACCGUGAGGAAUGCCGUCAUCAGUUGUCUCGAACGAAUUCACACACAAAAGCAUUAUCAGUUUAUGAUAAAUCAUCGAAACUUAUUGAAUGCAGCAAUUUGUAUCAGGGUCGCUGCCGUCUCCGUAACUUACACAACAUCUCAGAAGUGAUAUCAGAAGCCAUUGAGCCACGUGUCUCAAAUGACACGUCAUCAUCCGUCGUGAUAUUCGUGGGCUCCGGCCCGGCGAAUCUAAGCUCUGAGCCAGUUUUAUACGUUGGAGCAACUAUCGGAAGUGGAGAUCAUGAUCGAAUGUCUGUCUCUUCGCUGUUUUUGAGACCGCAAAAAGCUUUUGAAGUUGUGUUUCCGGGACUUUAUGGUGGAACUCAUGUCUCGUUGGAUUAUCGGAGUAGAGGAUAUUAUAAGUAUCAAAUCGACUACAUCAACGGUUUCGAAUCGGGAGACUAUGCGUAUUUUGUAACUCGGCAACGUGUCAACAUUGCUGAUGAUUCAUCGAUUCAAUCGAGACUUGUCCGUGUCUGUACUGGGGAUAAGAACUUUCAUAGUUAUACUGAAGUACCGUUGGAAUGCACUCAGAAUGGUGUGGAAUUCAAUUUGGUUCAAGAUGUAUAUGUCACACGUGCCGGAUAUGAAUUGGCAAAGUCGCUGGAUAUUAGUGUAAGCGAUCCGGUGCUCUACGGCGUCUUCUGGGAAGGCGACAAAAAUUCGUACCGAUCACAAGAGCCGACUGGAAAAUCAGCGAUUUGUAUGUUCACGAUGCGUGAAAUUGAGACAUCAUUCAAGCAGAAUAUCAUGAAAUGUUAUAAAGGAACGUCUGGACUCAAGAAGAAUCUUCCGUGGUUCUCGUCGAAUGACGAUUGUCGAUUUACUACACUUCCAUGGGAGGGAAUCAAGUGCGGAAAAGAUGUGAACUCGAAAAUUGGCGGUGACACUCCAAUUUCCACGUCAGCCACGUAUGUUAUGGAGGAUUCGUCCAACUUGCUCACCGCCAUCGCUAUAAACACGACGCGCUCGAGUACGGUAGCAUUUGUGGGGACACAAGGAGGACAACUGCACAAGAUCCUUAUCGAAUCAAAAAGGUCCGCCGAAAAAUACGCCACUGAAAUGCUCACCGACAAUGAGCCCAUCCUCUCAGACAUGGAAUUCGGCGGCGACGGGAAGCACGUCUACAUUCUAACCCCGUCAAAAGUCAUCAAAAUGCCAACAUCCCGAUGUGAAGCACUGUCCACACAAUGUGACACGUGUCUUUCGUCGCGAGACCCAUAUUGUGGAUGGUGUGUCAGCAAUAAUCACUGUACACAGGAGGAGUCGUGUGAACGAGAAGUUCCGCACACCUCGAGAGGAUGGCUUGAUUUUCAGAAUUCAAAGUGUCCAAGAAUUCGAAGUGUAAAACCGGAUCAAAUUCAAAUCAACACAGCCGACUACCUGAAUGUGACUAUCGAGAAUCUUCAGGCACCAAAAGGUCGCCGUAUGCAGUGCCUAUUCCAAUUUUCGACCGGAGACGCCGUCGUCUCCGAUCCCAUGCCGUUUGAUGGCUCACUGAAGUGUGCAACGCCGCCGAUGAAUCGGUUGCCACGAAUUCCGACUAAUGAAUACCAUUUACCGGCUAAAUUGAUUGUGGUGUCUGAUGGCAGCAAGCUUCCCCUAGCAACUACAAAUUUCUCCUUCUACGACUGUAACCGCUACACUUCAUGCUCAACGUGCUCGGCGAGCCAAUUUCCGUGUGACUGGUGUCUCGAGUCGAAUGAGUGUGUAGCCGGAAAACUGACUGAGGAUAAAUGCCGCAAACAGCAUAUUGUCAACGGGCUAAAUCGCGACGGGAGCUCGAUUCGGAAAGGUCCCAGCAAGUGUCCCCAUAUUGUGGCGCCUGUUUCGAAAAUGUCUGUGGCGACUGGAGAGAGAAGAAAUAUUAGUGUAAAGGUAGAAAACGUGGAUGCCACAUUUAUGGGCGAUUUCAAGUGCGAAUUCAAAUAUGGUACAGUAACCCAUGAGAAAAUCGCGAUGCGAACGUCCGAUGACACUAUUACAUGCGACGAAAUGCUCUUUGAGCCCUACGGCACCUCUCUCCUGGGCUCCGGCUCCACACCAUACGGCUUCAACGUCAUCUGGAGUGCCACAGGCUUUGCCGUCGGAAAAAAAUCAAUAAAUCGAGUGCUCGACAACGUGGCCUCACUGGCGAUUGACGUGUACUCUUGUGAGAAUCUGGCGACAAAUUGCGGUCGUUGCCUAACCCUUGACGCGGACAAAUACGAUUGUGGCUGGUGCUCGCUGGAUAGCAAAUGCGCUCGACCGCACCAAUGCUCAAAUCGACAGAUUCCGGAGAAUUGGCUCAACGCGAGCCAACUAUGCCCGAACCCGGUUAUUGAGGAUUUCAAGCCGAAAAAGGGAUCGAUUUUCGGCGGAACCCGGGUCACAAUUAACGGAAUCAACCUGGGACGCCACGUGUCAGAUGUCGAAAAAGCCGUACAAAUUGCAAAUGUCCCGUGUGAAGUUGUCGAAUAUGUUCCGUCGCAGAAAAUUGUGUGUGUUACUGGUAAAUCGCCGAUUAAGGGAAGCAAUGAGCGAGGUGUUGUUGCGGUAACCCUCCGUCACGACUCUCUGAAGUUUUUUGCCCACUCAACCGAACAUUUCUCUUAUGUACAGCCAGUUGUGUCCUCAAUGAAGCCAGUGAAGGGACCACGAUCCGGCGGGACAGAUGUCACAUUGACUGGUGUUGAUUUGGAUACAGGAGCCGAAGUUACUGUCAGAUUCGGACAAAUUGGAUGUAAAAUUCUCGAGCGAGCUUCUGGAUGGCUCAGAUGUCGAAUGGGAGCAUCUGGAGAAGGAGGGCAGUUCCCACUGCACAUCGCAUUCGACGGGCAGCUCCAAAACCUACCGAUUCCGAUUUAUUUCGAAUUUACCUCCGAUCCAUCAGUUCAAUCGAUUUCACCAAACAAGACAAUACCAUCAGGCGGGAUUACUGUAGAUGUGUACGGUCAAGGCUUCACACUUUUACAGAGGCCACGUAUGGUUUUUACUGGAUUGGGCGACGAAAAGUCUUAUGGGCCCGCAUGCUCCAUUGAGGAUGAUCAAAUGAUGAAGUGUGCAACGCCGACGGCUCCCGGGAAGGAUUCGGACAGGGGCUCACAGGAGAGAAUUACAGAAUAUGCUUUUGAUUUUGAUGGCGCUGAGCUAUAUCGCUCCCGAAUCAAAGUGAUGCCUUCCCCAACCUUCGAAACCCUCUCAGAACCCCGAUUCGUGCGCCCCGGCGAGGAUUUUCUGACCCUUAACGGAAAUCACCUGAACCUGGCCGCUUCGGAGAGGGAUAUUGAUGUGAAAGUCGGCGGUGAACCAUGCCCACUGACUGCUCUCGCCAAUAAAGUGCUCACUUGCCAGCCGCCAGUGAAAAAGCCACGCGGAGCCGGAAAAUUGAAUCCAGAAAUUGUGGUUACUGUCGGAAAUGCGUCGUUUUCCAUUGGAGAAGUAUCGUAUGACUCGCCGGGACUCUCAUCGUCGCUUUUUUUCAUUAUCAUGUUUUUUAUCAUUUUUAUGAUUGCUCUUAUCAUUUGCCUGAUUGUGCUGUACCGCCGGAAGUCGAAUACUCAUCAGAGACAGAUGAAAUAUUUGAAGACUCAAAUGGAUACGAUUGAGAUGAAGGUAGCCACAGAAUGCAAGGAAGCCUUCGCCGAGCUUCAAACCUCUCUGAAUCAAUACACCGCAGAUCUUCCACUCGGGACCCCAACAGCGCCCUUCCUCGAGUACAAGGACUACUGCGCCCGUGUGCUCUUCCCGAACGCCGGCAAAAACCACGCAGUGCUCAAAAAUCUAGAAGUGGACACCCAUAAGGCAGAAGCCAUCGAAGCAGGGCUCCGCGAGUUCCAUAAGCUGCUCAUGAACAAGACAUUCCUGCUCACAAUGGUCCGGACGAUGGAGGCCAACAAAUAUUUUGUUGGGAAGGAUCGUGUCUAUGUUGGAAGUCUUCUAAUGGUUGUACUACAAGAGAAAAUGGGUUACUGUACUGAGAUGUUGAAGCAGUUGCUCCGAGAGUUGAUUGAGAAAACUGUGGAGAAGAAGUUUCAGCCGAAAAUAUUGUUCCGUCGGAGUGAAAGUAUUGCUGAGCGGAUGCUCGCCGCGUGGUUCACAUUUUUGCUACAUGAUCAUUUAAAGACAUACGAUGCCGGAAAGAAGCUCUACGAGCUCUUCUGGGGAAUCAAGCAACAAAUGGAAAAAGGUCCACAAGACGCUCUAACCCUUGAAGCCCGUUAUUCCCUUUCCGAGGAGAAACUGCUCCGAGCCACUUUCGAAUACAAAGAGCUGAUGGUUUUCGUGUCGGCCAGUGAUUCGGUGUACAGUUCAACACAAGACAUACCUGUAAGGGUACUAGACUGUGACACAAUUACUCAGGUCAAGGAGAAGUGUCUCGACGCGAAAUAUCGCGGAUAUCGAUUCGCGGAUCGACCGGCUCCCGGUGAUAUGGAGUUGGAGUGGAAGACUGGAAUGAAUGGGAAAAUGGCGUUACAGGAUAUUGAUUCAUCAUCCCGUGUCGAGGGUGGAAAUUGGAAGCGUCUGAAUACUCUGGCUCACUACAAUGUACCGAACAAUGCGAUACUCACGUUGACGUCCAAAAGCAAUUCGUUGUAUAAUCUGGUGAAUUUUUCGUCGACCUCCAUGAAGACAGCGAGCAUACUAUCGGAUAGAUCAGAAAAAUCGUCAGUUUCAAUGAAAACGCCCGGAGUCGGCUCACCGAAGCCCUGGGGAGCCCCGCCAUCAGUGAUAGCCGAUCACGCGAGUUCAUCAGCUGAUACUGAUAACGGAUUCAAGCUUUAUCAUCUGGUAAAGCCUACGGAGCACGGACCAACGGAUUCCCAAGAGAAAAUGGUGACGGAGAUCUACCUGACGCGCCUACUCAUGAUGAAGGGAACCCUGGCGAAAUUCAUCACUUCUCUGUUGGAGAGCAUCUUUUCGUCGUCUACAGUACCCCCUUGCAUUAAGUAUAUGUUUGAUUUUAUGGAUGAACAAGCUCGAGAGCAUGGAAUCAACGAUCCGGAGGUGGUGCACGCGUGGAAGAGCAACGCAUUGCCUCUGAGGUUUUGGGUCAAUUUGAUCAAGAACCCCCAUUUCCUAUUCGACAUCCAAAAGCCCACCAAAAUCGAAGGAUGCUUGUCAGUAGUUGCUCAAACUCUAAUGGAUGCCUGUUCCACUCAAGACCAUCAGCUCACGAAAGACUCGCCGAGCUCAAAGCUCCUUUUCGCAAAGGAUAUGUACCAAUACAGGGACCUUGUCGACUCGUAUUACACUGAAAUUUCCAUGACGCCGCGUAUUGAUGAUGCGACGAUGGGCGCCAAUUUGUCUGCAGAAUCCCGACAACACAACGGAGAAUUCCACGUUUUUUCGGCGCUCAACGAGCUCUACAAGUACCUGGAUCAGUAUAAGGAGAGCAUUAUCGAUGCGUUGGAGAGCAAUGAGCACGCUCAGGCAAGCAGGCUGCCUGGGAGGUUACAGGAUCUGCUGGCACUUAUGGAAUCAGAUUACUACCGGGCAACCGAUUAUGAAUCAUCAACACUCGGACUCGGAUACAAUUCAAAUAGCCGCCUAAUGCCACGUGAUCGACUGUGAUUAUCGAUUUUUUGCCAAUUUAUUGAUUUAUUGAUUUUUUUGGCGGCGGCUGCGGUGUGGCGGAAAUAUCGAUUUUUUCGAAAUUUUAUCGAUUUUUCAGAAUGUUUAUCGAUUGUUCGGAGUUUCAUCAAUUUUUCGAGAUUUUAUCGAUUUUUUCAGAGUUUUAAUCGACUUUUCCGGAAUUUUAUAGAUUUUUCACCAAAAAUCGAUAUUUUUAGGAGACCUCUCGAAACUUAUCGAUUUUUCUGAAAUUUUAUCCAAUUUGUUGCCAAUUUUAUGUUAAAUUUAUCGAUUUCCACCCCCUCUGCCGUCGCCGAAAAGUGUAUAUUUAGUCAUUUAUUUUUAUAAUUUCAAAUUUUCCAUUGUUUUACGUGUAUUUUCCUGUUACAGUGCGUGUGUCAAUCCAUUUUCCCACUCAAUUAAUUUUAGGUACUUUUCCCUAAUUUUUAUCGACUUUUUGCCCCCUUUCCCCUCCCUUUAUCCAAAAAAAAAUCCUCACAAUUUUCGGCCAUUUCCGACGAAUUUACGGGUUUUUCAGCGCGAAAAAAAUGUCUUUAGAUUUUUUUUUGAUCUACCACUACUUUUCCCCGCCAAUUUUUGAGUAGUUUUUUCAAGUUUUCUAAUUUUCAAAAUUUUUUUUGUUUUUUUCGUUUUCGUGUGCUUUAAUAAAAAUUUUAAUUUAA